UUGUCUUUAUAUUUCAUUUCUUCAAUUACUAUAAUUUGUGAUUGCCUGAAAGUCUUAUUCUGAAACUCUGUCCGGAGCUUCUGAUCAAACAUAAUGUUAGAAGGUCUUUAAGAAAUUUAGGAUUUGGUUCGAUUUUCUUGUCUUGUUGGACAGAAGAAGAAGAGAAAAGUUGGGGCAUUUGAGUGAUCUCCACUGUUAUCUCUUGUUUGAUUGUUCUUAAUGGGGAAGGUGGCUGUUGAAACAACACCGGUGAUAUGCGCUGCGACUGUCUGUACCGCGGUAGGGCUUAUCGUUCGUCAUUGUAUGCGAAUCUCUGGUCGAUGGACUAAGGCGAUGGCCAUACUCAAAGAAGUCGAUGAGAAGUUUGCCACGCCGAUUUCCAAGCUCAGACAGCUCGCCGACGCCAUGACCGUUGAGAUGCAUGCAGGGCUUGCUUCCGAGGGAGGAAGCAAGCUCAAGAUGCUCAUCAGCUACGUCGACAAUCUCCCCACUGGGGAUGAGAAAGGGGUAUUUUAUGCUUUGGACCUUGGUGGAACAAACUUCCGUGUGUUGCGAGUUGAAUUGGGAGGGAAGAAAGAACGUGUUGUUAAACAAGAUUUUGUUGAGGUGUCAAUUCCUCCGCAUUUGAUGAUUGGGACUUCAAAUGAUCUAUUUGACUACAUUGCCAAAGAGCUUGCAAAAUUUGUUGCUUCUGAAGAUGAAGACUUUCACCUUUCUCCUGGUAGGCAGAGGGAAUUGGGUUUUACCUUCUCAUUCCCUGUGAAGCAAUUAUCAAUUUCCUCAGGGACCCUUAUUAAGUGGACAAAAGGCUUCUAUAUUGAGGAUGUGAUUGGUAAAGAUGUAGUUGAAGAAUUGACAAAAGCCUUGAAAAGACAGAACCUUGAUAUGCGUGUGUCGGCUCUGGUCAAUGAUACAAUAGGAACACUAGCUGGUGGAAGAUACUUUGACAAUGAUGCUGUUGCUGCUGUCAUCUUGGGUACUGGGACAAAUGCAGCUUAUGUUGAGCGAGCACAAGCAAUUCCCAAGUGGCAUGGUCCUCUACCGAAGUCUGGAGAGAUGGUUAUCAAUAUGGAAUGGGGCAACUUCCGGUCAUCACAUAUUCCUAUAACAGAAUAUGAUCAUGCAUUGGAUGCCGACACUUUAAACCCUGGUGAACAGACUUUUGAGAAGUUAAUUUCUGGUAUGUAUUUAGGAGAGGUUGUACGUAGAGUCUUAUGUAGGAUGGCUGAAGAAGCUUCUUUUUUUGGUGAUACUAUUCCAGAAAAACUCAAAGUUCCAUUUAUGUUGAGGACACCUGACAUGUCUGCCAUGCAUCAUGACAAAUCCUCUGAUCUGAGAGUGGUGGGGAACAAACUUAAGGAUGUCUUGGGGAUUUCUAAUACCUCCCUGAAAACGAGAAAAGUUAUUGUUGCGCUUUGUAAAGUUGUUGCGACACGUGGGGCCCGUCUUUCUGCGGCUGCAAUCUUGGGUAUCCUGAAGAAACUUGGAAGAGACAAAGUCAGGGAGGGGGAGAAGCAGAGAACAGUUAUAGCAAUGGAUGGUGGUUUGUAUGAGCAUUACAAAGAAUUCAGCUGGUGUUUGGAGACCACUCUCAGGGAGUUGCUGGGAGAUGAGGCCGCAGACUGUAUUAUCAUUGAGCAUGCAAAUGAUGGCUCCGGCCUUGGGGCUGCACUUCUUGCUGCUUCUCACUCCCAGUAUCUGGAGGUCGACAAGCCCUGAUAAUGGUCAUUUAGGCCCACAUAAUAUAUAUUUCAGGAAAGAUGUACAUAUUUUUCUUUUCCCUUUCCGCUCAAUUGUUUCAAGCAUUUUUGAAUUGAAGAGACAAAAGUUCCAGAAUCCUCUAUUUAUGGCUGCAGAGUUAUUACAAAUGAGAGGUAGAUUAAAGGUCUAAUUGCAGGACCUGGAAGUGUCUGUGAAAUUCUUGCACUUCGGCCAGCCAUUGUGCCUCCUCGUGUUCCUGCUUCUACAUGCCUUUUUGAUGCUGUGGGAGUUCGGUCUAUGGUGUGUAUUCUCACUUGCUCACAUUUUGGGAAUAAACCUGGAAUUGAGCUUUUCUU